AUGGAUAGCAUUAAGAAUAACCCGGCUAAAUUAGACGAGGUCACGAAAUCAAUAUUUACUAGAUUUAAUUCUAUGUCCUUCCUUUUUCGUGAUGAUGCAGAUGCCCUAAAUGAUCUUAGCUUCUGCAUGUAUAAUAUAACCGCUGAAUGGAAUGAAGCUUUUAAUUUCUCACAUGAUACAAGAUUCUUGUCAAAUUGUAUCAAGAAAACCAAUGGUCAUAUUGUUCAGCGUUUGUGCACUGCAGCCGAUAUAAAGUUCUACGUAACUGCUAUAUCGGAAGCUGAAAAACAAGGAUUUAAGAGUUCUAAUUAUGUUAAAGGUAACCAAAACUGUAAUCUUACCUCUUGGGCUCCUGGAUGCGAACCUGGUUGGGCUUGUGCUGUUGAGAAAGAUGUGGAGGUUGAUCUUAAAAACAAAAACGACAUGCCUUUUAGAACUUCCAACUGUCAACCUUGUUGUGAAGGUUUCUUCUGUCCAACGGGCCUCACCUGUAUGAUACCCUGUCCCGCUGGUUCAUACUGUCCUCUUGCUCGUCUCAACACUGAUACUAAUAUAUGUGACCCAUAUCGCUACCAACCACCGCCAGGAGUUUCCAACCACAGUUGUGGCGGAGCAGAUGUGUGGUCAGCUGUAACCACCAGUCGUGAGGUAUUUUGUCCGGCAGGGUCCUUCUGUCCGAGUUCCAUUGAGAAAUAUACUUGCGAACCUGGACAUUUCUGCAGGCUUGGAUCAACAUUUGAAACAGAGUGUUAUGAAUUGGCUAAAUGUGACAAAGGGGCGGCAAAUCAGAAUAUCACUGCAUACGGAUUAAUGAUUUGUGGUGGUUUGACACUUCUGCUGCUCAUUUUUUAUAACUGCACGGAUCAGGUGAUCACCACUAGAGAAAAACGGAAAGCAAAAUCAAGAGAAGCUGCCGCACAAAGUGCAAAGGAAUUGGCACAAGAAAGAUGGCGGUCUACAAAAGAAGGUGCAAAGAAAAAAGCAGCUGGGUUACAAAAUUCAUUGACACGAACAUUUUCUCGUAAGAAAUCUUCUAUGUCGGAUAUGUCUAAGGAUCCGGAACAAUCCAAUGUUGGACAUGGUGCCACGGGAUCCAGGGAUGAUGCAAAGGACCAGAAGGACCUUACGAUGAUGAUGCGUGAUCUGGAAAGUGAUCCUGAAAGUCAUGAUGGUUUCAAUGUAGAGAUUGGUGACAAAAACUCAAAAAAAGAUACGAAGCAUAAAAAGUUACACACUCGUAGCCAAAUAUUCAAGUAUGCAUAUGGUCAGAUAGAAAAGGAGAAAGCCUUGGAACUGCAAAAUUCACAUUUAACAUUCUCCGGGGUUAUUUCCAUGGCUACUGAUCCAAAUAUCAGAAGUAGGCCUAGAAUUGAAGUUUCUUUUAAAGAUCUGACUCUUACUCUAAAGGGCAAAAAAAAACAUCUGUUAAGGUGUGUAAGUGGAAAAAUUUCACCUGGACGUGUAUCUGCUGUGAUGGGUCCUUCUGGAGCUGGUAAAACAACAUUUCUCUCUGCUCUAACCGGAAAAGCAAGGGGAUGCACUGUAAAUGGAUCGAUUCUUAUAAACGGGAAAGAUGAAUCUAUGAGCUCUUACAAAAAAAUCAUCGGGUUUGUCCCCCAAGAUGAUAUAGUUCAUGGUGACUUGACUGUGGAAGAGAAUCUUUGGUUCAGUGCCAAGUGCAGGCUUCCUGCAAAACUUUCUCGAGCUGAAAAGGUUCUUGUUGUAGAAAGAGUGAUCGAGUCUUUAGGGCUGCAACAUGUCAGAAAUUCUUUAGUUGGGACAGUGGAGAAACGAGGGAUAUCUGGGGGACAGCGAAAACGAGUAAAUGUUGGUUUGGAAAUGGUCAUGGAACCUUCUUUAUUAAUUUUAGAUGAACCGACCUCUGGUCUGGACAGUUCUUCAUCUCAGUUACUUCUUAAAGCACUUCGUCGUGAAGCUCUUGAAGCAGUAAAUGUGUGCAUGGUGGUUCACCAGCCAAGCUAUAGCUUAUUCAGGAUGUUUGAUGACUUGAUACUUCUAGCAAAGGGUGGUCUGGUUGCCUAUCUUGGACCAGUGAAGAAGGUGGAAGAGUAUUUUUCGGGCCUUGGUAUCCAUGUACCCGAGCGUGUCAAUCCUCCUGAUCACUAUAUUGAUAUACUAGAGGGAAUUGUAAAGUCAAGUACAACCUCAUCAGUCAACUACAAAGAGCUUCCUGUCAAAUGGAUGCGCCAUAACGGUUAUCCUGUACCACCAGACAUGAAAGAAUUCGACUUAAAUGCAGAAUCUUUAACUGGACAAGAUUCGGGUGAGGGCUCAACGUCUACCGAUGGGGCGGAUGAGCGAUCAUUUGCUGGAGAAUUAUGGCACGAGUUUAAGCUAUUUGUUGCACUGAAAAAUGACAACUUUUUAAGUUAUUUCUCGAGGAGGAAAGACUUAUCGAACCGUAUAACACCUGGUGCAUGUCUACAGUACAGAUAUUUUCUUGGGAGGGUAGCAAAGCAACGAAUACGAGAAGCUAGGCUCCAAGCUGUAGAUUUUCUGCUUUUGUUGAUAGCUGGGAUCUCUCUAGGAACACUUGCUAAAGUGAGUGAUGAAAACUUUGGGGCAGUUGGAUAUACUUACACCAUCAUUGCAUUUUCUUUACUCAGCAAGAUUGCGGCUAUGAGAUCAUUUACAUCAGAUAAGUUGCAAUUUUGGCGAGAACGGGAUUCGGGAAUGAGUUGCUUCGCAUACUUCUUCUCAAAGGAUACGAUUGACCAUUUCAACACCAUCAUAAAGCCUGCAGUUUAUCUCUGCACAUUUUACUAUUUCAACCCCCCAAGGUCUUCCGUCUUUGAUAAUUACAUUGUCUUACUUUGCUUGUUAUACUGUGUAUCUGGAUUCGCUUAUGCACUAGCCAUCUACCUUGAACCUGGUUCUGCCCAACUAUGGUCGGUGCUGCUUCCAGUUGUGUUGACUCUUAUUUCAACCCAAGACGGUGAAAAGGGAACAAUCCUAGCUCUCCUCAAAAGACUGUCUUACCCUUCAUGGGCUUUGGAAGCAUUUUUGCUAGCUAAUGCCGAAAGGUACCGUGCGGUUUGGUUGCUAACAAGAUGUGCAGCGAUUGCCAAGAGAGGUUACGAUCUCAGAGAUUGGAAAUUUUGUUUGACGCGUCUACUAGUCGCUGGUCUAGUGUUUCGUAUUAUAGCUUUGUUCUUGUUAGUGGCCUUCCAGAAGAAGUAAGUGUAGUUAACCCAUCUAAGGAGAAAGCCUUAAGGUCAACUAAAAGUCAAACACAAAAAUCAUGGGAAAAUGAUCUCCUCCUGAUCGAGUGUAAUCAGAAGGAACAGAGGUUGACGACCACAGGCGUCUGUGUAUUUUAAUGCGAACUGACCCUUUUUUACAAAGACUAAUUCAUGUUUAACAAGAAUUCUGAUUAUAGGAAGAGAUUAUGUACAGUUUGAAUAGGAAACC